CCCAAAAUAUGCUUAUUAUAUACACUUCUUUUUCUCUCUCUCCUAUAUUUGUGGUCAGAAUAGAGCUAUGCCAAAAAAUCAACCCUUCUGAGGAAGACUGGAAAAUGCUAGGCUGCUGCUUACAGGGGUGGAAUCCGUUUGGUUUGGUUUGGUCUAGGUUAGCCACAACUGAAUCUCUAUCUCCUUGUCUCAGGAUGUCUUUUUGACAUUGCUGUUUUGUUCUUUAGAGAUAGAUCUAUAUAAAUUUAAGAGAGAUGUCAUCUAGAUCAACAAACAAGCCGAGUUGUUCGAGAAGCAGCUCUGCUCAAUCGAAACAUGAAGCUCGAGUUGUUGCACAAACCCCAAUUGAUGCUAAAUUACAUGUCGACUUUGAGGAAUCAGAUAGAGGGGGUUUGUUUGAUUACUCAACAUCAGUUGAUAUUUCAACUUCCACAAAUAACAACAUCCCAUCUUCAAUAGUAUCCACUUACCUUAGAAAAAUCCAAAAGGGUAGUCUAAUUCAGCCAUUUGGUUGUAUGAUAGCCAUCCACGAACAAAAUUUCAAAAUCCUAGCCUAUAGUGAAAACGCCCCACAAAUGUUAGACCUCGAUAGUAAUCAAGAAGAAGAUCAAGUUCUAACAUUUGGAAUUGACGUGAGAUCUCUCUUCUUACAACAAGGUGCUGCUUCUCUUCACAAAGCAGCUAGUUUUGGCGAACUUAACUUCCUUAACCCUAUACUACUUCAUUCAAAGGCUUCCUCUAAACCCUUUUACGCCAUCCUUCACAGAAUUGACGUUGGGUUAGUCUUGGAUUUGGAGCCUGUUAACCCCGAAGAAGUCCCUGCUAUAAAGACCUCUGCUGGUGCGUUGAAAUCGUAUAAGCUAGCGGCGAAAGCCAUAUCAAGGCUGCAAUCUCUCCCGAGUGGGAACAUAUCGCUUCUAUGCGAUGUUGUGGUUCAGGAAGUUAGAGAAUUAACAGGCUACGAUCGUGUCAUGGUGUAUAGAUUCCAUGAAGACGAGCAUGGAGAAGUCAUCGCUGAGUCAUGUAAACCCGACAUGGAUUCUUACUUAGGAUUGCAUUAUCCUGCUACGGAUAUUCCUCAAGCAUCUAGGUUCCUCUUCAUGAAGAAUAAAGUUAGGAUGAUUUGCGAUUGUCAUUCCCCGCAGAUAAAGGUGGUCCACGACGAGACAUUGGAACAACCGGUGAACCUAUGUGGGUCCACGUUGAGGUCUCCUCACGGUUGUCACGCGCAAUACAUGGCCAACAUGGGUUCCAUAGCGUCUCUUGUCAUGUCGGUUACUAUCAGCGGCGAAGAUGAAGACGAGGAAAACGACGACGGUCAGAGUGGGAGUGAUCGGAGGAGGAGGAGGUUAUGGGGUUUGGUAGUUUGUCAUCAUACGAGUCCUAGGUUCGUUCCUUUUCCUCUCAGGUACGCUUGCGAGUUCUUGAUCCAGGUUUUCGGCGUUCAGAUGAACAAGGAAGUCGAUAUGGCGGCUCAACUGAAGGAGAAACAAAUCUUGAACACCCAGACGGUACUCUGCGAUAUGCUCCUUAGGAACGCCCCUCUUGGGAUUAUAACCGAAUCGCCAAACGUGAUGGAUCUCGUUAGGUGCGAUGGAGCCGCUCUUUACUACAAGAACAAGUUUAGAACGCUCGGGGUCACUCCCACGGAGAAGCAAAUGAAGGAUAUAAUCUAUUGGCUUCUCGAAUCGCAUUCCGAGAGCACUGGGUUGAGUACCGAUUGUCUUAUGGAAGCCGGUUAUGCAGACGCUUCGGUUCUCGGCGACGAUGUGUGUGGAAUGGCGGCGAUUAAGAUAACAGCUAAAGAUUUUCUCUUUUGGUUUCGGUCCCAUACUGCGAAGGAGGUGAAAUGGGGUGGAGCGAAACACGACCCUUUAGAUAAGGACGAUGAUGAUGGAAGGAAGAUGCAUCCAAGGUCGUCUUUCAAGGCGUUCUUGGAAGUUGUCAAGAGGCGGAGCUUGCCGUGGGAGGAUGUCGAAAUGGACGCGAUUCAUUCGUUGCAACUUAUCUUGAGAGGAUCUUUGCAGGACGAGACUACAGAUGAUGGCAAAGCAAUCGUGACUCUUCCCCCGAUCGACGCGAGCAUGCAGUCCAUGCAUGAGCUUCGUGUCGUUACUAAGGAAAUGGUUCGUUUGAUCGAGACCGCUUUCGUCCCGAUCUUGGCUGUGGAUCCUUUGGGGAAUGUUAGUGGUUGGAAUACUAAGGUGGCAGAGCUAACCGGCUUGAUCACAGAAGACGCAAUUGGAAAACCUUUGGUUGAUCUUGUUUUGGAUCAUUCUGUCGACACUGUGAAGACAGUUAUCUCUUCGGCUCUACAAGGUACAGAAAUGAAGGACAUUGAAAUUAGGCUGAAAACAUUUUCAAAUGAAGAAAACAAAGGUCCCGUUUUCUUGGUGGCUAAUGCGUGUUGCAGUCGAGACUUGAAUGGAAAAAUCAUUGGCAUUUGGUUCGUUAGCCAGGACUUGACGGGUCAGAAAACAACAAUGGAGAAAUAUAUGCAAGUAAAAGGAGAUUACGUUGGAAUCAUGUGGAAUCCAUCGAUACUAAUCCCUCCUAUAUUCAUGAUCGACGAGAACGGUCGAUGUUUGGAGUGGAAUUACGCCAUGCAAAAGAUGUCUGGCAAAAAGAGAGAAGAAGUCGUUGACAAGAUGCUUCUAGGAGAGGUCUUUACCGUGGAUAGCUCUGGUUGUCGGCUUAAAGAUCAAGACACAUUUACCAAAUUACAGAUAACAAUGAACGGAGUAAUCGCAGGACACCAAACCAGUAAUAAAUUGCUGUUUGGUUUCUUUAACGAGCAAGGUAACUACGUCGAGGCAUUGCUUUCCGCGAAUAAAAGGAUCGACGUAGAUGGAAAGACCACAGGAAUCUUGUGUUUCUUACACGUGGCUAGUCCAGAGCUACAAUACUCGUUGCAAGUGCAAAGGAUGUACGAAGAAGAUCUGCGAAACACUCGCAAGAAAUUGGCUUACAUUCGCAGCGAGACCGUAAACCCUUUAAACGGGAUAAAGUGCAUGCAAAAACUAAUGGAAUCUUCUUCCAACUUAAGUGAACACCAAAGACAGCUUUUGAAGGCAAACGAGUUAUGUCAAGAGCAAAUGACUAAGAUUUUUCAAGACACCGAUGUUGAGACCAUUGAGGAAAGUUACCUGGAAAUUGGGUGUGGUGAGUUUAAUCUUGGAGAAGUAAUGCUAGCAGUUAUAAACCAAGCAAUGGGUUUGAGUCAGGAGAGGCAAGUGCAGGUCUUGUAUGAACCACCAGCCCAAGUGUCUUCGUUGAACUUGUAUGGCGAUCAUUUGAGGCUACAGCAAGUUCUUUCUGAUUUUCUAACAAACGCCAUUGCAUUUAGUCCUGCAUUUGAAGGGUCAUCUGUUCAGCUAAGGUUGAAAAUGAAGAAGGAACAAAUCGGGACGAAGAUGCAUAUUAUGCAUCUCGAAUUCAGGAUUAGACAUCCAACCCCUGGAAUUCCAGAUAAAUUGAUCAAUGAGAUGUUCAAGAGCAGCAGAGGCAUGUCAAGAGAAGGUUUAGGACUAUACAUAAGUCAAAAACUUGUGAAAGCAAUGAACGGUUCUGUGCAAUAUGUUAGAGAAGAUGAGAGAUUAUCAUUCUUAGUUCUUCUUGAGUUUCCUUUGGUUCAUCCAUGAAAUUUCCUUGUAAUUAUAGCAUCAAAAAGUUCACAUAAUGUUCAAUAAAAGGAAAGACAACAAUAAUUAAUUGUAUCUUCUUCUUUUGGUUGUAA